AUGGGUAACAGCAUCACUUGUAAGUAUGCUUUUCUUCCUCCUCAAAACAAAUAUUCUAUUAAUGCAUUUGAAAUUUGCCAUAUCAACAAUAGACAUGUUCCUUAUUAUAUAAUAAAUUCUGAAUUUCCAAGUAAUGGGUAUAUUAUAUUUUCACAUGGAAAUGCUGAAGAUAUUUCUACUUCUAUAGAGUGUAUGAGGAGAUUUUCUAAAAUUGUUCGAUGCAAUAUUAUUGGUUAUGAUUACACUGGAUAUGGAAGUAAUAUUGGUGACCCUUCAGAAAGUAAUUGUGAUCAAGACAUUUUAGCGAUUUUUCUUAUGGCUGUAAAAGACAUGAAUAUACCACAACAAAAUAUUGCACUUAUGGGUCAUUCUAUAGGAUGUGGACCAACACUCUGGUUAGCAAAUCAAAUUCAAUUGGAUAAACUAAAAAAAUAUAAUAUUCAACAAGGUAUUCUUGGGAGUGUAUUAUCUAUAAGUGGAUUUACUUCUGCUUGUGCUGUUGUUGAUCAAAGACUAACAUACAUUCCAUUUACUGAUAUUUUCAAUAAUGAGAAUACAAUUAAAGAGUUAAAAAUGCCAGUCUUUAUUGCUCAUGGUUUAAAUGAUACAAUUAUUCAUGUUUCACAUGCUACUCGUUUAAGUGAAGCUAUUAAAUGUAAAGACAAUUUUGAGUUGUAUUUAGUAGAAGACUGUGGGCAUAAUGAUAUAUUUAGUAAUAUAGAAUUUCAAACAGCAAUAUUGUCAUUUAUAGAAAGUUAUUUUCAAAACCAUCUUAUUAAUUAA